CAGAAUGCACGGCGGCAGGCGCAUGCGCAAUGGCCUCCAGGUGAGCGUGGUCGCUCCGCUCCCUGCCCCAGCCGUGCCUGCUUGCAGUCCCUUAGGGAGGCGGCAAGGGUGUGGGCGCCUCCGGCUCCGGCUGACCGUCGGCCCCUCAGCCGGGGCCCUAGCAGAGCUUUCCUCGCCAUCCCCGCCUCCACUCCACCCCGGCUCUGGUCCCAGCAGUCGCCCGGGGAGGGGGAAGGAGGGAGGAGUCCUAGAGCGUGACGCCCCCGAGGCCUCCUGCUGGUCCAGAGUCGGUCCGGCCCGAGGGGCGUGAGGAGUGGGCGGGGCUGCGGACUUCGGACUCCGGCCCUUAGACCGCCGCCUGCCAAGCCGUAGCAGGCAGCCUAGUUUGGAGCUGAGCGAGCCAUGACGGCGCUGCGGGCGCUCUGGUCCGAGAUGCAGGACACCUGCACCUCGCUGGGGCUGAUGCUGUCGGUCGUGCUGCUCGCAGGGCUGGCCCGCGUGGUCGCCCGGCAGCAGCAGCUGCACAGACCCAUGGCCCACGCCUUCGUUUUGGAGUUUCUGGCCACCUUACAGCUCUGCUGUUGCACCCAUGAGCUGCUGCUGCUGAGUGAGCAGGAACCCGCGCACCCCACUUGGCCGCUGACGCUAAUCUACUUCUUCACGUUGGUACAUGGCCUGACUCUGGUGGGCACCUCCAGCAACCCGUGCGGUGUGAUGAUGCAGAUGAUGCUGGGGGGAAUGUCCCCCGAGAUGGGUGCGGUGAGGCUGUUGGCUCAGCUGAUUGGUGCUCUGGGCAGCAGGUACUGCAUAGGCGCCCUGUGGAGCCUGGGGCUGACCAAGUAUCACGUCAGCGAGAGGAGCUUCGCCUGCAAGAAUCCCAUUCAAGUCGACCUGCCCAAAGCGGUCAUCGUAGAGGCCCUCUGCUCCUUUAUCUUCCAUAGCGCUUUGCUGAACUUCCAGGAGGUCAGACCCAAGCUUCGUAUCCACCUGCUGGCAGCACUCAUCACCUUUUUGGUCUAUGCAGGUGGAAGUCUAACAGGAGCUGUAUUUAAUCCAGCUUUGGCACUUUCACUACAUUUCAAGUGUUUUGAUGAAGCAUUCCUUCAAUUUUUUAUAGUAUAUUGGCUGGCUCCUUCUUUAGGUAUAUUGUUGAUGAUUUUGAUGUUCAGCUUUUUCCUUCCAUGGCUAUAUAACAACCAUACAAUUAAUAAAAAGGAAUAACCAUUCCUAAAGACUCAGACUAAGUUACAGGACAGACAAGCUGGACGUGAUAAAGAUUUUAUUACCUCACAUUGAACACACUGGCUGCAGUGGAUUCAUCAAUCUUAGCUUCCUUUGAGGAAGCUGCCUUAGAAUUUUCAUCACUGAAACUUGAAAAAAUUACUAUUAAAAUGAGGUAUCCCGUAUUUCUCAGUUAAGACUUGUUCUUUUGAGUGUGUAAUGCUGUUAGAAAAGACUCAUUACAUUACAUAUAAAUCUCAAGUGGUAACUGUUAAUUUUGAUGAAAAAAAAAUGAGUACAGGGUGGGAAGGGAAGGGAAGGUGAUGGCAGGACCAAAAGAAAGAGUCUGUAUAUCAAGUGUCUCCUGAAUGAACGGGAUUUUUAACCAGAGUGCAACCAGGCCCACUUAGCCAACUGCAGAGAGGAUGCUUUUCAGCCCCUGCCUCACACAGCGAUACCAUCAGCAGUGUCAUCUUUCAAUAGGAAAGCUGCUUUUGGAAGUAGAUUAUAUAUCUACUCAUACUCAAGGGGUUUCCUAAAUUUUAAAUAAAUUCUAAUCUAAAAUAUUUUCUCAAAUAGACACUCUCACUAACUUUAGGCAAGUUGUUAUUCUUUAAUAGAACAUAAUAAAAUGAAGCACCCAUACAAAGUCACGGUGUGAGCUCUUCUCAUUCUCAUUUGAUCUAAACAGCUACCUUAUAAAGUAGGUCGGGCAUGUAUUUUUAAUCUCUAUUUUACAGAUAAGGAAACGAAGUCCAAGGUCAAAUACAGCCAAAAACCAUCUUUAAUUUCUACUUCAAUACGAAAAAUCUUCAGUCAUCAUUAUGACUAAAGGAAAAUUGUAGAUUUUGAAGACACAUUAACUACUUUAUAAUAUUAAGGUUUGUUUAGGAAUUAACUAGCUUUUUUUAGGCUUAAAGAACCUUCAAGUUUUCCUGUAUUAGAAGCUUUAUUCUAUGAGGUCUACUUUUUAUUAAAACUUCAGGCCAUAAACGGUUAAGUUUGUUUCUCUUCAAAGGAAAUUCCAUUAUGAGGGUUAAAAUUGAAAGUAAAAAAAUACGGGGGGAGAUGAGAUCUGCUUGAAUAAUAAUCAAUGAAGCAACUGAUAAAUUGCCGGGUAAUUUAAGUGCUGCUUGGUGAUCAGCUUGCAGACAGUCACUCUCUUGACACCUGCAGGCUGAACUGAAUUGCUGCGGGCUACCCAACAAGGCAACCAGUUUGAUGAUCAUGGACUUUGACUCUUGAACUUACAAAUACACACCUAAUCGUUUCUAUUUUAAAAAGCAGAGUUCGUAAAACUGUGACAGUGGCUAAAUGCAGUCUCUGACACAUUUUAUUUGGCCUGCACGGUAUUAAAAAAAAUUAAAAGCUAGUAUUAAGUCUUUUUCAUACAAAAAUCCACAGUUCCAGCUUCUCUUGAAAAAAAUCAAAAGACCUGGCAAUACUAGGCCCAAAUUCUGCCAUGUCAAAACCACAAAAUAAUGGUGGUUCUUUUUAAAAUGGUCCCUUGGCCACUCCCUAUGUCUUCCAAACAUGAUGCUGAUUUCACUUAUUGUCUCAUGGCUGUUUUUCUUAUAAUAGAGACACUUUAUUUAUGUCUCUAUCAUGAGGACGCUGUGGUUUAAGAAAAAUGAGUAUUAAUUUGUGAAAAUACCCAGCCCUCUGAACUUUACCUGUCAGAAUUUGAGUUGUGACUUCUGAUGACACUGCUUCCCCUGCAGCCCUCUCAAGGGGUAGCUUUUUCUCUACCACACCUCUGAUACCACUGGGCCUGGAGGUGGAACAGGUUCUUUUCUCUUCAUUGCUGCUUGCUGUCUAUUCUCCUCUGCUCCUUCCAUUAAAAACGUGUCAUCAGACCAUGCCAUCUGCUACCUGGUUCUUACUGAAGUUUUCUCCUGUACAGUCCCCUCGAUUCCCCCUCAUUCCUUUAACAACUUAGCUCCUGUCUCACCCUCUACAAUACCACUCCAGUUAUAUGUCUUGGUGAUUUCAAUACCCACAAAGAUGAUCCUUCCAGUGUCUUAGCCUCUCAGUUCACUGGCUGAACUUGAAAGGCUCUUCAGUAAUUUUUUUUUCUAUUCCGCCUGAGCUACAACUUUGGCCAUAACCUUCGGCUUGUCAUUACCAAUAACUCAGAAUCUUCUAUGAACUCAAACACCCUACUUUCUAACCACUAACCCUUCUUUCCAGCUCCCUCACUCUAGUACCCCGUCUCUAAUGAUUCUUUGACCUCCAUGAGGUCCAACUGAUACCACCCCCUUUUCACAACUCUCACCCCUUUCAAGUACUCUCUUCUCCUUAAGCAGCUUAAAUUACACACUUGCUUACAAUCUUAACUCCCUUGUUCCUCUCUCUCUCCAUCAUGCGCACAUGGCUUAACCAUAACACAAUUAAAUCCAACUGUCUGCUUAUUCCAUGCCAGCAGCCACACAUGAAAAGAAGAAAAAUUGGAGAUAGCAGGACAGUUCAAAGAGUUUUGCUGUAAAGGGAAGAAAAUGUGGGUGGUAGCUGGAGGGGAAAAUUGGGCCAAGAAAGAAUUUACUUUUUUAAGAUGAGAAAGAUAUGUUUAUAUGCUGACGGGAAUGAUGCAGUAGAAAGAAAAUAACUGAUGAUGUAGGAGAGGGAGGGAUUUCCCCGGUCCAUAUUUUUUAAUAGGUUAGUGAAGACGGAAUCAAGUGCACAGAUGAAGGGGUUGGUCUUAGCUAGAGGCAUAGACAGUUCAUAGUAACGGAGAAAAGGUGAGAAUAGAUGAGCACAAGAGGAAUUAGGCAAGCACAUGCCAUGUGAGAGUUUGAAGAAGUUUUACUUUCUUCUUCCCGUUUUCUCUUGAAGCAUUCUUGUCAGACCUUCAACUCCACCGUUCCACUGAAAUUCUUGCCAAGGCCAUCAAUGACUUUGGUGUUGCUAAAUCAAGUUCUCAUUCUUUUUACCUAUCAGCAGUAUCUGAUAUAACCGAUUGCUUUCUCCUCCUGAAAACUUUGCUUCCAGAAAAUCAUUGCCUUCUGUUUCUUUUUUUAGUUCUUCCUCCU